CCAGAAAACCCCAAGUUGCCACUUCCCCGUUAUUCACCCGUUCGCUUAUCCUGCGCCUCUACUCCUUAUCCUGCGCACCCCUCACCUAACCAGUCCCCCUCUUAUGCUUAUAUAUAAAUUGUCGGCACUUCUUCCCGCAAUGUCGCAAGAAUCACGCCUCCUUUGCAAUCUCUCCAUUCUAGGGUUUUAAUCUGAGAUCUCCAUUUCACUUGGAAAAUCAGAUAUCCAAAAGCCCGAUUUCUCCAUUCACAACGACCGUCGAUCAUGCCUGAUCUUUCGAUUUCGAUGUGCGGCAGUGAUUUCGUCGAAAUACGGGAUUUCCAACAGUAAGCGCAAUCGAUUUUGUGGAAUCUCGUUUUCCUAAUUUUUUUCAAGCAUGGAGACUUCUAGUGCUCUGAGCUUGAAAUCUUGCCCAUGGAUCGGUUUCGAGAGGAUCGGAAAGAAACCGAACGGUUCCUUGCGAUUAUCUACUGAGGAGAGGAGCCUUCAGAAGCUCAAUCUGCGGGAUUUGAAGUCGCGGAGCGGCGUUUCGAUUCAAUCCAGGCCCGUUGCCUCGAAGAUUUCGUGCUCGUAUGAGAAAGCCGCUGCUCCGGCAGUGGAAUCAGAGAGCUCUUAUACUUCCGUUGAUGAAGCUUUGAUCUUGAAGAGGAAGGCAAGAGAUGUUUUGCCAUACUUAAAUGGACGGUGCAUAUAUCUUGUCGGAAUGAUGGGCUCUGGAAAAACUACAGUUGGAAAGAUUUUAUCAGAAGCGUUAGGUUAUUCUUUCUUUGACAGUGACAAGUUGGUCGAGCAGGCUGUGGGUGGAACUACUGUUUCACAAAUUUUUAAACAGUAUAGUGAGGCUUUCUUUAGAGAUAAUGAGAGUGAGGUGUUGCGGGACUUGUCUUCGAUGCGCCGACUUGUUGUUGCAACUGGAGGUGGUGCAGUGAUACGGCCAAUCAACUGGAGAUAUAUGAAACAAGGAGUCACCGUUUGGUUAGAUGUGCCUCUCGAAGCUUUGGCAAGGCGGAUUGCUGCUGUAGGGACUGAUUCUCGUCCUCUUUUGCACCAAGAAUCUGGCGAUGCUUACACAAAGGCCUUCGCGCGGCUCACCACGCUAUUUGGCGAAAGGGGAGAAGCCUAUGCCAAUGCUGAUGCCACUGUUUCCCUUCAAUAUAUUGCAACCAAACAAGGUCACGUGGAUGUAGGUGUCAUCACUCCAACUGCUAUAGCUAUUGAGGCGCUUAUACAGAUUGAGAAUUGUCUGAAUGCGGAAUCGAAUGGAAUGUGCCUGUAGCACCGGGAAAGGCAAUCAAAGAUGCCCCUGGCUCUCACAUUUACCUCGUGUAAUUUUUCAUUUUCCUCCUUAUUCAAUUAAAUUAUAUAUGAUUUGUUUGAAUGAAUCUCUCUUCUUGCUCCAUUUGGAUUUGUACAGAGGAACAUGUAUGACAGAACAGCUCUUCGUUUACUA